AUGGGUUCAUCACAGCAUGGGUCCAUUGGCCUGCGGACUCAGAUUCAAGCCAGCAACUACACGCAUAUAGAGCACGCCACACUUGGAGAUACGGUGACAAGCUUCCUCAAUUUAGCUUGGCGUGGGUCCUCCGUAGACGUUUUGUCUGGAAGUGCUGCCGAGCUAUCGCCCGGCGCAUCAUCCGAAUUCAACGCCACCCGGCGGCAAGAUCCGACAAUUCACCAUGUGAAGUCACACAUCCUGCGUUGGAUCCCCAGCUAUGAACUUUACCAUGAUGGCUACGUUUCGAUACGGGUUCGCCCAAAGGUCCCUCCAAUAUCAGAAGCGGAGAGAUACCGGCCGACGGAGAGCCCGUCGUUCGAGCCUGUGCCGUCGAAACGUCUUAUGGAUCUGUUCAAAAGCACCGCUGACAUUGAUGGGAGCGAUCGUAGCAAUCUCGACCGGAUCAUUCAUCGCAUUGACGGGCUGCCUCCUCAACAACGGACGGUGGGGAUAGGUUAUGGUCUGGAGAUUGAAGAAGGUCCGAAUUCCAAACUUCUGUGGCUCAUCAGGUGGACAUCUGUGGUCUUUUGCGUUGUGCUCGGCGUCGUAUGGGCGGCCAUCUCGGGUGACAUCGAGAGUGGCUUUGCGAUUUCAACCUGCCUAAUAGCGUUUUCGAUGGCUAGCGUGGCAUUCUUGAAGUUUUCGGCGUCCAGGAGUUAUUCGGGCAACGAAGAGACAGGUCAAAACGUGUAA